GGAAUAAGGAGCAACAGGCUUCUGUCUCCCCUCAUCCUCAGCCUCCCGUUCAACUUGUUUAUUCUCCCAGAAACCUCCUUAUAACAUGCUUCCAUUUCCCCAGUUUUCCUUAUGCUUGAAAAGUAGACCCAAGAUAACAGUCCUAGAAACACACACAAUGGUUUCUUUUUCUUUUUUUUUUUUUUUGAGAUGGAGUUUUGUUCUUGUUGCCCUGGCUGGAGUGUAAUGGCGCAAUCUCAGCUCACUGCAACCUCUGCCUCCCAGGUUCAAGCGAUUCUUCUGCCUCAGCCUCCCAAGUAGCUGGGCUUAUAGGCAUGUGCCACCACGCCCGGAUAAUUUUUUUUUUUUUUUUUUUUGUAUUUUUAGUAGAGACGGGGUUUCUCCACGUUGGUCAGGCUGGUCUCAAACUCCCGACCUCAGGUGAUCCGCCCACCUUGGCCUCCCAAAGUGUUGGGAUUACAGGCAUGAGCCACCAUGCCUGGCCAGAAACACAACGGUUUCUACUGGUUUUUUUUGCUUGUUUGUGUAAAGAGCAACUUUGAGAGGGAUAUAUGGAGUCUGGAAAGGAGAACAAAUUGUCUUCCUAGACUCACCCAAGAUUGGCCCCCACUAGAAAAUGCACUCUCCUCCCCAAAACCCGCCCCCUCACAGGAGGCAGGGUUUUCUUUUGGGCAAACCUGCUCCUGGGGAGAGGAGUGGCAAAACCUGUUUUGAAGAUGAGGUUACCUCCCUUCCACACCUCCCUCCUUGGAGGCAAGAGCUACAACAGCUGAGACAGAAAAGAGGUAAGGAAGUGUUGGGGGCUGGGACAACCAGCUCCCCAACAACUCCUAGGUGUUUAAAGAAGGAGGCAGGAAGACUUGUGAAGAUGGGAACUAUACAAGAGGCAGGAAAAAAGACAGAUAUUGGGGUCAGGGAGAUUGCAGAAGCACCAGAACUAGGAGCAGCCCUGAGACAUGGGGAAUUGGAGCUGAAGGAGGAAUGGCAGGAUGAAGAAUUCCCUAGAUUGCUUCCUGAGGAGGUUGGCCCUUCUGAAGAUCCUGAAGACCCUAAAGGAGAUUCACAGGCAGGUACCCCUAGCACUUUAGCCCUGUGUGGCCAGCGCCCCAUGCGCAAGCGUCUUUCUGCCCCAGAGUUGCGGCUGAGUCUGACUAAGGGGCCUGGAAAUGAUGGAGCUUCACCCACCCAGUCUGCACCUUCCUCUCCUGAUGGCAGUUCUGACCUGGAGGUAGACGAAUUGGAGACACCUUCAGACUCGGAGCAGCUGGACAGUGGACAUGAAUUUGAAUGGGAAGAUGAACUACCCCGGGCAGAGGGUCUGGGCACCAGUGAGGCAGCUGAAAGGCUGGGCCAAGGUUGUAUGUGGGAUGUGGCUGGAGAAGAUGGACAUCACUGGAGGGUGUUCCGAAUGGGACCACGGGAGCAGCGCGUAGACAUGACUGUCAUUGAGCCCUAUAAGAAAGUCCUGUCUCAUGGAGGUUACCACGGUGAUGGCCUCAAUGCUGUCAUCCUUUUUGCUUCCUGUUAUCUACCCAGAAGCAGCAUCCCCAACUACACCUAUGUCAUGGAACACUUGUUUAGGUAUAUGGUGGGAACUCUGGAGCUGCUAGUAGCUGAAAAUUACCUGCUUGUUCAUUUGAGUGGAGGCACAAGCAGGGCCCAAGUUCCACCUCUAAGCUGGAUACGCCAGUGUUACCGUACCCUGGAUCGGCGGCUACGGAAAAACCUGCGAGCCCUAGUGGUUGUCCAUGCUACAUGGUAUGUGAAAGCAUUUCUGGCACUGCUUCGGCCCUUCAUCAGUUCCAAAUUCACACAAAAAAUCCGUUUUCUGGACAGCCUGGGGGAGCUGGCCCAACUCAUAUCCCUGGAUCAAGUCCACAUCCCUGAAGCUGUCAGACAGCUGGACCGGGAUCUCCAUGGCUCAGGAGGGACCUAGCACAGGACUGGAUAAAGGGCCUUAGAACCAGUUAGUGAUCUGCCUACACCCGAAUCCCUGAAACAUCUGAACUGUUUUGUAAAUCAUCUUAUCCCCAACCUCAGUACCACCGGAUCUUCACUUCUCAGUGGGAUUUUGUCCUUUGCAUGACCCUGCCUUCAGCAGGGCUUUGAGGCUGGGAAGCUGAUCUGCUGGGUGACUUUCAUUCCAGUUGUUGGGAUGGAAGGCUGAAUGUACGGUCAUUUUGUAUGGGAUAUGCAGAGCUCUGGGUUUUUUUGUUUUUUGUUUUUUGAGACGGAGUCUUGCUCUGUCGCCAGGCUGGAGUGCAAAGGUGCGAUCUCGGCUCACUGCAACCUCCGCCUCCCGGUUCAAGCCAUUCUUCUGCCUCAGCCUCAGCGAGCAGCUGAGACUACAGGCUCACGCCACCACGCCCAGCUAAUUUUUUUGUAUUUUUAGUAGAGACGGGGUUUCACCAUGUUGGCCAGGAUGGUCUCGAUAUCUUGACCUCGUGAUCUGCCCGCCUCGGCCUCCCAAAGUGCCGAGAUUACAGGUGUGAGCCACCGCGCCCGGCCAGAGCUCUGGGUUUUAAUCCUACUUUAGCUGUAGAACCUUGGGCAAAUAACUUCAUCUUUUUGGGUCCUAAUUUUCCUCCUCUCUAACUGGAGGGACUGUGAUCUUUCCACCUUGGAUGGAAGAGGCUUACCUGACAGCCAGCCUGCCUGCUGGGAGCCAGGAGAGUCAGCUCAUUAAAUCUUGAAGAACCACUGUAUGCCCUUUUUCCUUCUAAGUCAUGUCUGCUGCCUGUGAGCCUGGGAAGGAGUGCUUUCAAAACCUGUAUUUUUGCCCUCUUUAGUAAAUUUGGAACUGUAGAGGCUAAUAAACUGCGAAGAGACAUUUAAGCUCU